ACUCCAAUUUUCUCUCAUCUUUUUCAAUCAGCUGCUCAAUGGAUUUGAAGGAAAAGAAAAAACAAAUUAUUCUUCUUUUCAUCAUCGGAUUCAUCGUUCUCAAGAUCACCGCCGAAAAGUGUAGGGAACUAGCUGGGGAACAAAAAGAGACAUUAUCCCAAACUGGUAAAUUUUCCUGGUUGGAUUGUUUUGAUUUCGGCACUGGUUCCAUUGCCUGUGCAGCCAAACAAGCCGUCACACUUUACGUUUACAACAUGAGAAGCGCUCGUGUUGAGAAGGCAAAACUGCUAGCAAUGGACAAGGCGUUAAACGAUGCGAUGUCGCAGGGCGUCCCGUUCAAAGAUGCAAAGAAACAAGCCGAGAAGGUCGGUAAAAAGGCGGCCAAGCUGGCGUCGGAACAAACCGAUCGCAUCACGGGUCCGAUCAUUACGUCCGGGUGGGACUUCUUCGAAGCCGUUUACUACGGAGGGUCGUUUCCCGAAGGGGCCUUUCGGGGUCAAGGGAUGUUGCUCGGUUCAUAUGGUGGCGGAUUUUUUGGUGAGCAAUUGUUCGGGAGGUUAGGGUACCUUUUGGGAAGCCAAUUCGGGGGUUGGGUGGGUGGCAGGAUUGGGUUGAUGGUACAUGAUGUGGCCGUUGGGGUACAAUACCUUAUUUGGUUCUUUCGGGACGAAGAGUUCCGUCGGAGAUUACGAAACUCCGAUACAUGA